CAUCUGGUGACUGGCGGCAUCGAUGGACUUACCAAACUUCCUCGAGGGUCGCUCCAGUCGUCCAGUCACUCCUGCUCCCAUGGAACCCCCGCCUCCCGACCCCUCCUCGCCGCCGGCGGCCCCCGCCGCCGCAGAGGGCACCCCGGCGGGAGGCGACGACGACGGCGGGCCGGAGGAGGGGGGAUUCAGCGCGGGGCUGGAGCCCCUGUGGUCGCUCCUGUUCGGCGACCCCGAGCUGGAGCCCAUGUGGUCGCCGCCGAGGGGGUUCGGCGUCGGCGCCGAGUUCGCCGCCCCGGAGGCGGAGGCCGAGGUGGACGACGCGGGAGGGCCCUGGGACGGCGCCCCCUGGCGGUCCACCGGGGUCGUCCCCGGCGAGGGCGCGUCCACGACCCUCGUGCUGCCCACGGCGGCGGCUAGUUUCGAGGAGUUCGAGCCCGCCGCGUCCGAUCCCGUGGCCGCGGCGGGGGAGACUUCGUCGGAAGCCGGUCUAGAGGUGAGGCAUCUCGAAUCCGUCCUUGAUUCUUCUUCACCGGUGCCACCAUGCUGGCCAACUCCGGUGGCUUUGGAGGUGCGUGCGCCUGAGCCGAUGCCUGGCUCAGGACCUGCGCUAUCACCAGCAGUGGCUUCCUCGGAACACAAUUUAGAGGAGAGGAUGCUCGAGUGCACCCUCAACUCGGUGCCGUCGCCGCCGCCUCUGCCUUCUCCGGAUGGUGCUGAUUUGGAGGCAGAGGACGCUCACAAGGAUGGGUACCCGUACCCUCCCGAGAAAACUGCCUCGGGAGCCAUUGUAGUUAUUAGUUUGGAUGCAAGGAGGGGUCCCAAGGCCAAUGCCGGUUGUGGCAGUACGCCAGAUGUUGUUGGUGGCGAUAGCACAUCUCUGCGGAGAUCCCCGAGGCUUGCCACAAUGAAGGCUAAAGCAAAUGCCACACCUUCGGAACAGAAAAUAGACUCAUCUAGAGCUUCCAAGCACCGCUUAGCAAAUUCAGGGCAGGGAAGCAUCAGUGAAGGGAGCCCAAUCCUUGUAUCUACUAGUUCAUCGAAAGAGACCACCAUUACUGCAAUAAAUCCAUUUGACUCGCUCAAUGGCGUGGAGCUUCAAGGAUUACGAGAGAUUAUUACAAUGCAGAGUUCUUCUAAGAAUGAGGGGAAAGGAGGUGGCUUCCACGGUGAGGUUGUGGUGGCUUUACCAGUGGUGAGUAAAAGGUCCUUGAUGGACAAAGUAGUUUCUGUUUGUUCUCCAAGGAAGACUAGAUCAGCCUCAAAGGUAUUGGUGAAUUCUGAGAAGUGCUUGCCCAAGAGAGUGGAUGGUGAUGUUGUGUUACACAACUCUGGGUUAGUGAGUGCAAAAUCGCACGUGGUCAGCGAGAUGCCCCUAGAGCUAGAAGCAACAUCAUCCCAACCUCCAAAGGCAAAGAGGGUCAAGAUAUCCUCAAGGAAAUGCUCAUCAAAUUUGAAGAGGGAGGAUAACAAUAGUAGCUCAAUCUGCGAAUUGCCAAUGGUCAAAAUGACCUCAGAUCCAGAGAAUCAGCCUAAAUUUAUAUUGGAUAAGUACUCUACUGAUUCUGAAAUGGUGGACAGCGAGGGUGGUUCCUGUUUCUUUAUGGGUGAGGCAGUGCUUGACGAGGAGGCUAGGCAGAGGUGGCCUCACCGCUAUGGGAAUAAUCAUCACCUUUUGAAGAAGGAUAAGAGGAGCAAUAGCCAAAUGUUUUCCAAUACUGGCGAAGUUAUCUUGGAUGUCAAAUGUCACUAUUUGCAAGCCAAUGUAUGUGGAUCUACUUUAUGUAUUGGAGAUUGUGCAUUUAUUAAGGGUCCAGAAGGAAAACCACAUUAUAUCGGCAGGUUAUUAGAGUUUUUUGAAACGACUGCCGGUGAAUAUUACUUCAGUGUGCAGUGGUUUUUCAGAGCUGAAGACACAGUCAUGAAAGACCAAGCACAAUCUCAUGACCAAAGGAGGCUCUUUUACUCAGAGCUAAAGGAUGACAAUUUACUAGACUGCAUUGUUUCGAAAGUGACAAUUGUGCAAGUUUCUUCUAGUGAAAAUGGAAAGUCUAAGUUAAUUCCUUCAUUCCACUAUUACUAUGACAUGAAAUACUCUCUGGACUACAGUACAUUUUCUACCAUGGAAAUGGGAGAUACAAACGGAACAUUGCAGUUAUAUUACACAAGUAAGAAGCAAAAGUCUCCCGCACCAGAGACGAGGGAGCUCUCUCUGUUAGAUCUGUACUGUGGAUGUGGUGGAAUGUCGACUGGACUUUGUCUUGGGGCUCGUGCUGGUGGUGUGAAUCUUGCAGCGAGAUGGGCUGUUGAUGGUGAUAAAGUUGCAUGCGAAAGUUUCAGGAUGAAUCAUCCAGAAACUCGGGUCCGGAAUGAAACUACCGAUGAUUUCCUUGAGUUGUUGAAGGAAUGGGAAAAGUUAUGCAAAACCUAUGUGAAGCUUCGCAGUAAAGUAAAGGGCCAUUCCGACGUUUCAACACAAUCCAGUAAUGAAACUCCAGAUGGUUCUACAGUCCCACCUGAAGAGUUUGAAGUCUGGAAGCUUGUUGAUAUUUGCUUUGGUGAUCCAAAUAAUGUCAGAAAGCGUGGCCUAUACUUUAAGGUCCGUUGGAAAGGUUAUGGCCCUAAUGAUGACACAUGGGAGCCAAUUGAAGGGUUAAAGAACUGCAAAGAGGCAAUUAGGGAUUUUGUUAUUGAAGGGCAUAAGCAAAAAAUAUUACCACUUCCUGGUGAUGCCGAUGUCAUAUGUGGGGGCCCACCAUGCCAAGGCAUUAGUGGCUACAACCGCAAUAGAGAAUUUGAGGCGCCAUUCAAGUGUGAGAGAAACAAGCAGAUUAUUGUAUUCAUGGAUGUAAUGCAAUUUUUGAAGCCCAAAUACAUUUAUAUGGAAAAUGUCCUCGAUAUAUUGAAGUUUGCUGAUGCAACACUUGCAAGAUACGCUUUAAGUCGGCUAGUUGCUAUGUAUUAUCAAGCAAAACUUGGGAUCAUGGCUGCUGGAUGUUAUGGCCUACCACAAUUCCGAAUGCGUGUAUUUUUAGUGGGCUGUCAUCCUAUGGAGAAAUUACCCCCAUUUCCUCUGCCUACUCAUAUGGCGAUUGUGAAGAAUGGUUGCCCCUUGGCUUUUGAGCAUAAUUUGGUCGGAUGGCCCGAUGGCAUGCCAAUGCAAUUAGAAAAACCAAUUGUCCUUGAAGAUAUUCUGUCUGAUCUUCCAGAAGUGGCGAAUGGAGAAAGUCGUGACGAAAUGCUACAUGUAAAGGGUCCUCAGACAGAAUUCCAAAGAUACAUUCGGACAUUUAAAUCUGAAAUGCUUGGAUCUGGAGCUCAUGCCAUAAAAGAUUCCAAAUCAAAAUUGUAUGACCAUCGACCGAGGGCACUGGAUAAUGAUAACUACAUAAGGGUGUUGCAGAUUCCCAAGAAAAAGGGAGCUAAUUUUAGAGACCUUCCAGGAAUCAUAGUAGGUCCUAACAAUGUAGCUAGAUUAGAUCCAACAAAGGAGAGAAUACUUUUGCCAUCUGGUAAUCCUCUGGUGCUUGAUUGCAUACUAUCCUACGAGAAUGGUAAAUCCUUGAGGCCAUACGGUCGACUAUGGUGGGACGAGGUAGUGGGUACCGUACUGACAUGUCCAAAUGUUCAUAUGCAGGCCUUGAUACAUCCUGCACAAGACAGACUGCUCACUAUUCGUGAAAGCGCACGUUUGCAAGGUUUUCCUGACAGCUUCAGGUUUCGUGGAACAGUCAAAGACAGCAGGUAUCGCCAGAUUGGAAAUGCUGUGGCCAUACCCGUUGGCCGUGCACUUGGGUAUGCCUUGGCCAUGGCCUAUCUGAAUAAGACGGGAGAUGACCCUCUCAUGGUGCUACCACCCAAGUUUGCAUUCUCUCAUGAUGUACAGGACAUAGUCAUUUACCUGCGGGAAUCAGAUAGAAGGGAUCUGGGUUCUCCAGCCUGAUGAUUUCACCUGUUUGUUGUACACGUAGUAUUCAUUCAUUUUAUUAUCAUGUUGUAAGUUGUGGCAUCCCUUGUACUAAUUUAUCAGAAGCUUCGGUCGGGAGGUGAAGUGACGCAGAAAAAAAGUGGUCAGAGAGCCAUUGUUGUGUAAAAGAUUGUACAUACAAGCUAGGUAUACGUGUAUCAGGGGAACAAAAUGUUUGCACAUCAUCUGAUUUGUUGUAUUAGGCAGUGAGUGAACAUGAAUAUAACAGCUUCAAUAAAUCUAUCUUGAGUUUUAGAGUUAGAAUGCAAUAAA